ACUUGUAUAUCGUAUCAUCUUUGGUGUGUUUUGAUUUUUGAAAGACAGUGACAGUGUGAUUUUGAAAAAGAGGUUUUUCGCUGCUUGAAAAAGAGGUCUCUUGCUGCUGCUAUAAAAAUGGCAGGAGUCGGCGGAGACGCUGAGAAGCGCAGCUCGGUUGCCAGCGGCGACAAGAAGGAAGAGGAGGAGGAGGGGGAGGAGAGCGACAGCGGCAGCAGCGGAAGCGGCAGCGACAGCGGCGAGGAAAUGGAGCGCCGUCGCGCCGAAGAUCCUCCCGUGCCCGACGUGGGCGCGCCCGUCCAGCUGUACGUGUAUGACCUGACGAGGGGCAUGGCCGCCGUCAUGUCGCACAUGCUACUCGGUCGCCACGUGGAAGGCAUCUGGCAUUCAGGGGUCGUUACGUACGGCCGCGAAUACUUCUUCGGAUCUAACGGUGUGCAGAGCUGUAACCCGGGUGGCACUGUUUUGGGAGAUCCUGACAGAGUAAUAGAUCUUGGUGAGACAUACAUACCAUACCCUGUCUUUCUGGAAUAUAUUCUUGGAUUAGGUGAAUCAACAUUCAGUCCAAUAUCAUAUGACAUAUUCUCACACAACUGUAAUAACUUCUCUCAUGAAGUAGGACAAUUCCUCUGUGGAAAGGGGAUUCCCAAAUACAUACUUGAUCUGCCAGAAGAAAUUCUUUCCACGCCCCUAGGGCAGAGUCUUCGUCCUGUUAUUGAUAGCCUGAAUCAAGUUUCAAGAGGUGUUGGAAUAAACACUGGUAGUGAUCUCAGAAAUUACACACCACAAGAUUCACGCCGAAGCCGUCAGGAAUCACCAGAAUUUGCCGAAUUAAAUUCAGCUAUCGAAGAAGUCAGACGUAAUUCUGUAGCACUUGAAGAACGACGAAAUGUUAUUAAUGAGAAACUAGCAAAGAAAGACCGCAAAAAGAAGAAGAAAAAGAAGCGUGAAAAGAAGAGGAUAGAUCAGGAGUGUGGAAGUAGUUCAGCCGAGUUCACUCCCGACAGUGCUAGUUCAAGUCCAAGUCGAACAAACAUGGCUGACAGUGUCAUUGAAGCACCUGAGGAGCAGCAGCAGCAGCAGCAAGAUGAGGAAGAGAAAAGGCCACAGCAGUCUGCUGCAGAUGUGGUGGCUGAAAUAGAGGCCGAGGAGAGGAAGGAGCGUGAAGAGAGAAAGAAGCAACGUGAGCCACCCAUUGUGUUUAAAGAUGUUGUCAGUGUACCUGCAGAGUUUGAUUCUCUUGUGGACAAAGUGGAAAACAUUUUAAAUGCUGAAGAGCGGCAAUCCUUGGAGGAACUUCACCAGUAUAUGUUAGAAGAUGAAGGAUCAUGGGCGCUCGGCGAUGGAUUCCUUAACUUUGUUGGUCGUGUACUUCAUGAUACAUCUCUCAAUCCAGAAGUACGAGUACAUUUGUUAAACUUACUAGCAGCAGCUGCACUCAAAGAUGACGUCAUACUUCUCUUGCACCAAGACCGCCGAGAGCAUGUUCUAAUGAAUUAUGCACAUGACGUGGACAGACUAACACAGGCAGAACAGGAAUCCCUUGCACUCUUUAUUUGUAACAUGUUUGAAAACUUGAGCAGUUCAGAGUGGCUUUUGUACAUCUCAGAGUGGGAAUACUGUGGGCGAACUAUUAGUAACAUACGUGUUACAACGAAGGUGGCUGUUCAUUCUCUCCUCUCAGAUAUUCCAUUGCUGCAAGAACGGGGCUCUGCCAUAAUCCACAACUUGGCCUGCAAGGAGAGAAUGAGCAUAAACAAAAAUCUUAGAAGACUUUUACCCCGUGGAUGCAAGUCAAAGGUGUUUGAUGAUGUAGCUGUCGAGUUGACAAUGGCACUCCUGCAGUUCUUCAACAGCAGCCCUCCAGAAGAGCAUUUAUUCCGUUGCAUGAAAGCUCUUGCCCGUUUCUGUCACAUUGCAAGCCAAGAUGUGCCACAGCUCAUCCAAAUGAUUGGUCCUGAGCCAACAAAAUUCCGUGGCACUUCAGAGAGAAUUGAUGCACUUAUUGAUCAAAUUGCAUCUCGCUUACAUUAAUGCUUGCAGUGCAAGCAAGGGACAUGAGACUUUUAUUCAAGUUAUGUAAUACUGAAAUGUUUCUUGUGUAUAUAACUUGAUUAUUUCUACACUUAUUUUGUAUUUUGUGGAAUUGUACAAAGGCUGUAAUAAAAGUAAUAGUAUUUGAAUUGUUAAAAGUGCACGUCAUUUGCUACUGAAAAUUAUUUCCAUUAUUUUGAGAUGGGAAUAUCAGAGUGUAAUAUUUAUUGUUGUGUAAAAUAACAAGACAGUAAGGCAGAGGGAAUUACAACUGUUAUCUAAAAGACUGAUAUUUUGUAUAAUGACACAAAAUAUUUUUCUGUGGCAUGAUUAUUGAGUUGUACUAAUUAAAAGUGUCAAUGUUAUACAUUAUUACCCCUACGGAUUAUUGUAGGAGCUAAAGGGUCUUCAUAAAGUGAAUGUUUCAGGUGUCGUGAAAGUAAAUGAUUAAAAACAGAUCAACAAUCAGGAUACAGUACAAGAGUAUGUUUGUCAAUAUUCUAAGUGUUUUUGGACAGUGUUCCAGUGUUAUCUACAUAUUUUAAGCAUUUUAUUUUGAAUUCAACUGUAUGUCUUGUGGUAAUUAUGUAACAUAAUUUACACUGCACAGUCAUGUAGUGCAGUCAUUUGAAAAAGUGCCAGUCUAAGCUUCAGAUGUACUUACAAAUUUUCUGUGAUGCUGAAGAACGGCUUUAGAGUGACUUAACAAAGGAUGUUUUAUACAGAUUUUAAUUUUUUAUUUGUACUUUGUGCCUUUUGCUUUUGUAAGUUUAACAAUUUGUGUAUUUAAAUUCAUUAUUUUGUACUUGUUGUGGAUAUAGAGGGCUGAUGACAGUAGUUGCUUCACUGCAGAAAGAAGUUACUUUAGAGAAGUAAUAAAUGACAGUGAGCAUUAUAAAAUGAGAGAUGAUCUGAGAAUGAUCAUUUGUGAUGCAUGUUUGUAGUUUAAUGCAGUUAUCAAAAUAGAACAUUUUUUCACGUCCAGUUGGUGUGCCUCAAAGCAGUGGCGUAUAUAAAAUAUAAAUUGCAAUGUUCUUCCAUUUUGUUGGUUCAAAUACAAUCACACAGACUAAAAAUAAUAAUGCUGUUGGUGCGGCUAGUACUGACAGUUAAUUACUUCCUGUAGUAUUAACUUUGAGGACAGUGUCAUUUUAUUAAGGAAGCAUGUUUUGCUACUGUACUGUACUUAAAAUAAGUGAUUAACACUUUCUGUAUUACAAAAAGCCUACUGUACAUGUCGUUUUAAAAAUGCUAAAUAAUUAGGAUGCCUGUUAUGUACAAUAACUAGAAUCUUCUUUUUUUGCAGUGGAGAAUGCAAAUUUCAAAUAAAAAGGUUUAAACAUCUGUUAAAA